CUUUGCUAUCAUAUACAUCUAAGGUAUUUUAGAAAUGUGGAUGAAAGGAGAGAUUACUCCUUUAUAUAUACAAAAUUAAGCAUAAAAUGGUGACAGCCACGAAACAGACGUAUUUCUGACGAUAACUAUCGACACUUGGAACUUAUCCACAUACGUCAAAACAGAACCAGACGUGUAUCCAUGAGGAUUAUCUUGUGGUAAAUCCAUGUAACGUUCGGUAUAUCCAGUAUCAUAAAAAUUCCAAGAAGUAACUGGUGCACCGGCGAUAGCUAACUGAAAAUUGUACGUUUCGAUUGUCGAAUCUGCUUCUCUGAAUAUAUAUAAAUGAAAGGAUGAUAGGUCGCUUGAGAGUUCCGCUGUGUUUCCUAAUGCGCCGCCCAUACAGCGAGCCUGUAGUAAAGUUUGAUUUAUUCACUUCCGAAAAAAUCAAGAAGAAUUGGUCGGUAAUCCCGUUACUACUACUGCAAACUUUCGCUAUCAUUGGCGUGCCUAUCCUGUGCUGUCACAGACUAUUUGUCACCACGAUCGAUGUUCAGAUUCCGUCGGGAAAUCGUCGUUUCGAGAUAACGUCUCCUCCAGGAUUUUUCGACCUACGAAAUCCUCGGAUUCUCAAGAUAAUCAAACGGCACAAGUUGAAGCCGGCGAUUCACUUGGACAAUCGGUACCGGUUAAUGAGAAACGAGCCUAUGCUGGACGCGGACGGAAAUGAAACCGAUCAAAUCGGCGAGGACGAAACUGCGCCACCUAGCCCAGAGGAAACGCUCGCUAUAAUGGAAGAAAAGGGUCACGAUUAUUUUACCAUGCGUUUACCACGGCUAAAGAUUACGGAAUAGAAAACCUUGUAUUGCGUUCGAAUUAUUUUCUCAAAUACUAAUAAAUAAUUUCUCCCUUCGAACUUACGUUCAACUAAAUGUAAACCUAACGCAUCUAUUCUGUUAGAUCGCGGAAUCCAGCUUGUUGCACAGUAGAAAAGAAAAGAAGUAUAAUUUUACGAGCGAAGAAUGCUAAGAUAUCAGGUUUUAUAAGUUGACGUAUGACCUGGCUAGAAGGAAAUAAUAUUUUUUUCAAGAUAUAGGCCAACUUUUUCCACGCGAAAGAAGCGUACACGCUGUAUCCAUGCGGAAGAGGACCGCGUGGCUGGUACGCCAGGUGUGUGGUAGUUUGUAGAAAGCGAGAAGCGAGCAACCCUCUUUUGAUGUCCGAUGGUAGGUAUCCAACGUAGGUAGGCAGCUGUUGCACGUUCCACUACGAGAUUAUAAAGAGCUGUACCGUGAAACGAUGCUUCGAUGAAAAUUUUCGACACUUCCAACUAUGCUUCGCGUAUAUACAAAGACAGUAAUAUCCUCUCGUUUUUCGCGCUUCUCGUUACAAAGUUCCAGAGUUUCGGUAUUCUAUUCCGUUUCGUUAUGGGAGAUUCGGUCUGCUGUUGAAAUUUUUCUUGCUUCAUAAUUCUUGCUGCGCGAGUAUGCAUUAUUCACGUCACUCCAACAUUUCUAUACAGUCUCGAGAAGGCUGGACAAUUUUAAUUUUCGUUGGAAUAUGUCGAUACGUUAGAUGCAUUAGACCUCACAAAAGACAGACAUUUCUCGAUCUACGGAUCCAAUAAGGGCGAUUUGAUAAGGAAAGAGAAAGCUAGUCAAUGAAUGUCAAUCAAGCAAUGCAUAUCGCGUAGACCCACGUCAUUCAUAUUCACUUCCUCCGUAAACUCACUUUAAUCAGUUACAUGGAGAGGAAUCAGUUAAUCCGUCGUCCGGAAUUACCAAUCUCUUGGACACGACACUUUCUUUAUUUAGAAUUUCCUAUAUUUUCAUUCAUCUUCGUUAGAAAUAAAUUACACUGUAUUUACGUUUGAAAGGAUCGAAACCGAAACCGAUUUAAUUGAAAUUGACUUUUCCUUACUAAUGUUUAAUUCUUUAUUUACAGUAGCUUCUGAUGAUUCGCAUUAUGUGGAAACAAAAAUUGUCACGUAUCAAGCAAUUAAAUCCAGCAAUUUCCAAACGAUAAUUCACGCUCGGUUCUCGAAUCGAGCGUGACUAAGACAGAUUAGCGGACACCGAGAGAUACGAGGCUCUAUCCCGGUCGAAAAUUACGUAACACGUGGAGAAAUACGUUCGAAUGAACAUUGACCGGAAUGGCGGGCUCGUCUAUUCUCGAUAUCGAUGUCCCAUAGACGGGUUAAAUCGUUCGCACACACCGCGAACGUUUCUAAUAACCAGAUAAUUUCGCAACGAUAAUACAAUCCAGACCUCGAUCUAUGAUCUCACCCCGUUCACCGGGGUAUAGCGUGCUACUUCGAAUUAGUUUUGGAUAAUUUCCAGCACUUUGUAACUAGCAUACUAACAAACGAUCGUGUGCUUUAUACGAAUAAAACGCUCGUCGUCGCGUGCAAUUUGGAUAAAAUCCAAAGCGUUACGCGAUUUCGUCCGCUAUCAUUUUAUUCCAAAUAAGAACGCGAUUAUAUUCCGAGUUUCCUGGUUUCUUGCACGAUGCAUUCUUGACGAUAUCGCUAGAAUUCUUUUCAUCCAUUACGGAAAUCGAUAAGCAGGAGUAAAAUAUCGCUUCUUUGUUAAAAGUACAGGUAUACGCGUAGGAUUCUUCGGCAUUAACGGUACGAAGAAAGGUACUGACCGACACUUUGCAAACAAGUCGGACUCUGAAACUGUGUCAAUGGAAACACAACCGACCAUCACAGCAUUAUGGCUUAUUUCCGAUAUAACGAGUAUAUAACAGGGUUAGAUAAUGACUAUAUGAAGGACAGGCCAGGUGAUAGUCCGUGCAAAACGAUUAAGAGAGGCUCCCUUAAUGCAACGGAAGGUAGGAAGGUAGGUAGGUUAGCGACAGCUGUUACUCGUCCCUGCACGAGGCCAUACAUCAGAGCUAUACAUUAGACAGCGUGUUUGGAUCGUUCAACGCGGUUCAGCAAGUGAACCCUUCCACGAGGUUGCAGCCUGGACCAGGCCUGCGUUACCUCCGACAUCGUCGUCGGGGGCAGCAUGUGCCUGGACAAAGAGCUCAUUCAGCCACGGACAAUGGCCUUGGCUGGAGAGGCCGCUGCAACAAGCCUGCCUCCUGCCUGUCCGCCUGUGCCUUCUCUGUCUUCUCUGCACAUGGCCUGCAAUCAAGCUUUCAGGAUACUAUUUUUCCACUCGAUCGGACGUAUCGGGCAAUCGUCAUCGAUUAAUUAACACAUUCGCGAUCAUUUUGUAUCGAAUUGAUUUCAUCAAGUUGAACGCGGAUUAACAACAACAAUUAUUCCGUAUUGAAUCGAUUCGACCGGAUUGAAUGGUAAUGUGUAUUGUUGUAGUAUAAUGGUGUACAGGGAGACUACGUUAGAAUAUGAUUUCGAGAUUAGGAAAAUUCAAUUACGUAAGCAAAU